CUCCACUCUGACCUGAGGAGGAAACUGGAAACUCUGACUCUCUCAAAACCAGCCUCGGCUCAAACGAUUUUAAGAGAAAUUACACACAAUAUGCUCUGUCAUGAAUGGCAAAGAAAAAUGUCAGUCAACCAGAAUUAGUCACAACAGGCCCAGAGUCACAAUGAAGACACGAUUCACCACUGUCGAUAUCAGGGCGGUUAUUGCCGAGAUCAAUGCCAACUACAUUGGCAUGAGAGUAAACAACGUGUAUGACAUCGACAAUAAGACGUAUCUUAUCCGUCUACAAAAGCCUGACAGCAAAGCUGUUCUCCUGAUUGAGUCUGGGACUCGUAUUCAUUCCACAGACUUUGAAUGGCCCAAGAAUAUGAUGCCUUCGGGCUUUGCCAUGAAAUGUCGGAAACACCUGAAGUCCCGCCGACUGACCCAGGUUAAGCAGCUUGGAAUUGACAGGAUUGUCGACAUCCAGUUUGGUUCUGACGAGGCUGCCUAUCACUUGAUCAUUGAACUUUAUGAUAGGGGUAACAUCAUCCUUGCAGACCAUGAGUACAUGAUCCUCAAUCUGCUGAGAUUUCGAACAGCAGAGGUAGAAGAUGUUAAGAUUGCUGUGAGAGAAAGAUACCCUGUGGAGAGCGCCAGACCCCCUGAACCUCUCAUCAGUUUGGAGCGACUCACCGAAAUCCUCAGCAAAGCACCUAAUGGAGAGCAAGUGAAAAGAGUCCUGAAUCCUCAUCUUCCUUAUGGAGCCACUCUGAUAGAGCACAGUUUGAUAGAAGCAGGAUUGUCGGGCGCUGUCAAAGUUGACAGUCAAGUUGAUGCUGCCCAAGAUGCACCCAAAAUCCUGGAAGCCCUGCAGGUUGCAGAAACAUACAUGCAAAAAACUGAGAACUUCAGCGGGAAAGGCUACAUCAUUCAAAAGAGUGAGAAGAAACCAAGUUUAACUCCUGGAAAACCCAGUGAGGAGCUGCUCACAUACGACGAGUUCCAUCCAUUUCUCUUUGCCCAGCAUGCAAAGAGCCCCUAUUUGGAGUUUGAUACAUUUGACAAGGCAGUGGACGAGUUCUUUUCUAAGAUGGAGAGUCAGAAGAUUGAUAUGAAGGCCUUGCAACAGGAGAAACAAGCUCUGAAGAAGCUGGAUAAUGUUAAGAAGGACCACGUGCAGAGGCUGGAGGCCUUACACCAAGCUCAGGAGGUGGACAAAAUGAAGGGCGAACUGGUGGAGAUGAAUCUGCCUGUGGUGGAGAGGGCGCUGCAGGUGGUGCGUAGCGCGCUGGCCAAUCAGGUGGACUGGACGGAGAUUGGCAUUCUUGUCAAAGAAGCACAAGCUGCUGGAGACCCUGUGGCCUGUGCCAUCAAGGAGCUGAAGCUGCAGACCAACCACAUCACCAUGCUUCUGAAGAAUCCAUAUAUUUCUGAGGAGGACCAGGAAGACGAAGAAGAACAGAUAAAUGAUGUGGUAGAGGAGAAAGGGAAGAAAAAUAAAAGUAAAGACAAAGGACAGAACAAGAAGCAGCAAAAGAACAAGCCCAUGUUAGUGGACGUGGAUCUUGGCCUGUCAGCCUACGCCAAUGCCAAAAAGUACUACGACUUUAAACGAAGUGCUGAAAAGAAAGAACAGAAAACUAUCGAAGCAGCAGAUAAGGCUAUGAAAUCUGCAGAAAAGAAAACGCAGCAAACACUGAAAGAAGUCCAGACAGUGACAACCAUUCAGAAGGCCAGAAAAGUCUACUGGUUUGAAAAGUUCUUAUGGUUCAUCAGCUCUGAGAAUUAUCUCGUCAUCGCAGGAAGAGACCAGCAGCAAAACGAGAUGAUUGUCAAGCGCUACCUCCGGGCUGGUGAUAUCUACGUCCAUGCUGACCUCCACGGAGCAACUAGCUGUGUCAUCAAAAACCCCUCAGGGGCUCCCAUCCCUCCGCGUACCCUGACUGAAGCCGGCACCAUGGCCGUGUGCUACAGCGCUGCAUGGGACGCCAAGAUUAUCACCAGUGCUUGGUGGGUUCAUCAUCAUCAGGUGUCUAAGACAGCUCCCACCGGAGAGUAUUUGACCACUGGAAGUUUCAUGAUUAGAGGAAAGAAGAACUUUCUGCCCCCUUCUUACCUGAUUAUGGGCUUUGGAUUCCUCUUCAAGGUGGAUGAGCAGAGUGUGUUUCGGCACAGGGGGGAGCGUAAGGUGAAGACAGUAGAGGAAGACAUGGAGGAAGUCACGUCCAGAGCGUCCGAGCUGUUGGAGGACGGCGAGGAGCUAAUAGGCGAUGACAGCAGUGAUGAGGACCGGGGUGAAGAAAGAGCAGGAGAUGGAGAGACAAAGGAGGCAGGAAAUAAAAUGAUUAAAAAGGAAACGAUAGAGGAGGAGGAGGAGGAGGAGGAGGAGGAUGGUGCUUCCAGAGAAAUGGCCGCCGAUCCUGAAGAGCCUGCAGUGGAGCAGAGCAACGAGGCGGAAGAGGAGCACGGAGAGGAGGACGAGAAAGAAGACGGUGAAGAAUUCAGCUUUCCAGACACGACCAUCUCCCUCUCUCAUUUGCAGCCCAGCAGACACACUCAGAAACCUGGCUUCAAGAAAGAAACAACCAAUCAGGCUGAGGCGGAUUCCCAAGCGAAAAAACACAUGACUGCCAAGCAGAGGAGAGAAGAGAAGAAGAAGAAGCAGAAACAGGAGGGUUGCGACUACGAGGAGAGGACCGAGAUCUCAUCCGGCGGAUCAACGGUGGACCAGGGCUCCAAAGGUGGAGGCGGUCCCUCGCAGCAGCCGCUGAAGAGAGGCCAAAAGAACAAACUGAAGAAGAUUAAAGAGAAGUACAAAGACCAGGAUGAAGAGGACAGAGAGCUGAUGAUGCAGCUGCUUGGGUCCUCCGGUUCCGCUAAGGAGGAGAAGGAUAAGGGGAAGAAAGGAAAGAAAGGGAAAGGAAAAGAGGAGCACGUCAGGAAGCCGCCGCCUCAGAAACAGCAGCAGAAGCCUCGCGGCGUGGAGGCUGCCGUGAAGAAAGCUGAGCACAUGGGAGGCGGGGAGCAGGGGGAGGAGAAGCAGCCGGGAGAGGAGGGAGGUCUCGCAGAACAGGAGGACAAGGAAGAUGAGGUGGAUCAGGACAACCCUGGAGCAGAGGAAGCAGAGAACCUGCUCACCUCUCUAACGGGCCAGCCUCACGCCGAGGAUGUGCUGUUGUUCGCUGUGCCGGUCUGCGCUCCAUACACGGCCCUUUCCAACUACAAACACAAAGUGAAACUGACGCCAGGUUCUCAGAAGAAAGGGAAAGCUGCACGCACGGCAGUGUUGAGCUUUAUGAAAGCCAAAGAGGCCUCGUCCAGAGAAAAAGAUGUGUUCCGCAGCGUCAAGGAUUCAGAUCUUUCCAGAAACAUGCCAGGAAAAGUCAAAGUGUCUGCUCCAAACCUGCUGGCUGCCAAGAAGAAAUGAGAAGUGGGUUGUUUGAAUAAGAAUUCUUUUAUUUUAAAGAAUGAUUGUAUUUGUUGACCAACAACAUGUAAAUUAACAAAGCUGAUUAACAAAGAGAACACCA